AUGAAAUCGCCUGAACAGAAAUCAAAUUUAAUGGAAUCGUCUCUAAAGCGUCUAAUGGACGUACGUCUUAAACUUUUUCGUAAUAUUGCUAAAGAAGUUGUUGGAAUUGAUCAAAAUUUAUAUAAUAAGCCAAUCUCGUUUGCACUUCAAGAAUAUAUUGAAGCAUGGUCAUUUUAUAAAUUCAUUUCGUCUGGUAAAUUAUUAAGCAUAGAUGAAAUAACUGAAAGUUUGAAAUUCGAAGAAAGAGUUUGCGAUGAUGAAACGGGAAAUCAUUUCCAGCUUUUUAUCGAAGUAUCUUCAAUGGAUUAUUUGCUUGGUUUAAGCGACAUUGGUGGUGAAUUAAUGCGAUUUGCUAUUAAUCAGGCAUCGGCUGGAGAACAUAAUGUGGCUAUUGAUGUACAAAAAUUUAUGUGUUUUUUGUAUGGUUAUUUUAUUUUUCUCGGUAAUGCUAUUAACAAUCGUGAUUGGCAAAAGAAGUUGGAAGUAUUUCAUCAGUCAUUGACAAAGAUAAAUAUUCUUUAA